AUGAUGUUGCAGCAGCUUCGCUGCGUCCGGCUCGGACGCCGGUCCGCCUCGAGCUUUGCAUCCAUCUCGAGCGACAUCAAGUACGCGUCGCUGCCAAUCUCGUCGCCGUCGCUCAAGGCGCUCACCGACGUCAUGGGCUACGACACGAUGACCGAGGUGCAGCACGCGACGCUGCCUGCGCUUCUCGAUGGCCACGACGUGCUCGCCAAGUCCAAGACGGGCUCGGGCAAGACCAUGGCGUUUCUUUUGCCGACGGUCGAGGUCCUCGCCAAAGCACCUCGGCCUCCGAACGCGAUCUCGGCGCUCGUCUUGUCGCCGACGCGCGAGCUUGCAUCGCAGAUCGACGCUGAAGCCAAGAAGCUCACGACGUUCCAUGACGCAAUUCAAACGCAGUGCUUUGUCGGUGGCACGUCCGUUGAACACGAUAUCAAGAAGCUCAAAUUGCCUGUCGACAUUCUCGUCGCGACGCCCGGUCGCCUCCAGGACUUGCUCAAGAACGACCACGGCAACAUCAUGCUCAUCUUGGACGAAGCCGAUCGGCUUCUCGAUAUGGGCUUCCGCAACGACAUUGAAGCGAUCCUCAAGUUUCUGCCCUCGAAGCGCCAAACGAUCUUGUUCUCGGCGACACUUCCGGCGUCGCUCGAGUCGAUCCAGCGCCUUGCGCUCAAGAAGGACCACAAGUUUAUCGACACGGUGGGCACCGAAACGGACCAAACGAACGCGCACGUGCCGCAGACCGUGACGAUCUGCCGCAUGAACGAGCAUCUGCACGCGAUCGAGGCCGCGCUCAAGGCCCACAUCCACGCGCGCCCGAACGCGUUCAAGGUCAUCGUCUUCUUCCCGACCGCGCGCGCCGCGGGUUACAUGGCGUCGAUCUUCCAGGCCGCGAAAUUUCCGAUCCUCGAGAUGCAUUCGCGCAAGUCGCAGCAGUUCCGCACCAAGACCGCCGAGCAGUUCCGUUCUGGAAACAAGCUCAUCAUGUUUUCGUCCGACGUCUCGGCGCGCGGCGUCGACUACCCGGACGUCUCGCUCGUGAUCCAAGUCGGCUUGACUGACCGGGAGCAGUACAUCCACCGUGUCGGGCGCACGGGCCGCGCCGGCAAGCAAGGCGAGGGCGCGCUCAUUCUCUGCGACUUUGAGAAGAACUUGCUCAAGGAGCUCAGCGACCUCCCGCUCAACACGGUGGCCUUCCAGCCCCGCGGCACCACGACCACGACGGCUAUCGACAAGGUCCUCGGCAAGAUUGAAAGCAACGACGAGCUCAAGACCAAGGCCGCGCAGGCGUACCAGGCCUUCCUCGGCUUCUACGUUUCGAACCUCAAGCGCCUUAAGCUCACCAAGCCGGAUUUGGUUGCGCUCGGCGACGCGUACGCCAAGGCGACCGGCCUCAAGACGACGCCGGGGCUUCAGAAGCGCACGAUCAACAUGAUGGGUCUCACAAAUCUUGGUCUUAAGGUUGAACCCACGAUUGCGCGCCGGCGAUAG